CAAUAUUUACUUUUUCUCAUUUUUUCUCAAAACAAAUUUUUUUUUGCCGCGAACAAUAAUUAAAACUUGGUGUAAAUACUAAAUUUGUUGUUUAAUUUAAGUUUUUUUUUUUUUUGAGAUUGAAAACUAAUUUAUUACCACAAAAACGUAAAUUUUAUGGAAAAAAAAUUGCACACUACCGCGUUUUUGAAUUCGAAUUUUUAUGUAUGCAACUUGUUGAAUUUAAUUUAAAGUCUCUUUUUUUAAAGUUAAAAGUUAAAAAAUGAGUUGCCAAUUUGGUGAAAUUGUACAACCGUCAUCACGUGCUUUUUGGUUAGAUGAGGAUGAUGAAGAAUUAAAUGAAAGUGUACAAAAUGAAUCUUUAUUUUCCCUCGAGUGGUUGGAGAAUGAACCUACAGUUAUUGAAAAAUUAGUCAUCGUUGAAGGUGACAUGGUAAUCGAUUUUACGAAAGAAACAAUAAUUUCUGAUGCAAAAAAAAUUUGUAAUAUUAAACACAAAUCUGAUAAAAAGUCAUCAAUUAUUUAUGAAAUUGAAAAUUCAUUAUACAUUUGUCUUGUCAGCACUGAAUUAGAUUUAACCGAAGCAGGAGAAUUUAUUGAAACGAUUCAACGUAUUUUAACAAAAGCAAAGAAAAUAAUUGCACUUACCAAUUGUCAUGUAUCGCAAUUAAAAAGCAAUGAAGAAUAUAGUGUGCCAUCAUUUUUAAAAUCUUUAUCAACAAAGGAAGCCCGAAAUUCAUGGAAGAUUAAUGCACCAAAUUUAAGUCAGCCAAAUAUAAUUUCUGGAAUUGCUGCAGGAGCGCUUUCCUUCGCUGAAAUAAAAGGAUCUUACGGUAUUCUUUUUGUGCUUUACACCGAUAAUUAUAUCUUAGAUUCAAAAAGUGCACAUCCAUUGGUUGAAUUAUUUUCCGAAAUAACGAAUCGUAAUAUUCCUGAAUUUUCAUCUGUUCGAAGUGGCAUUUUUAAUAAAGGCAAUCUUUAUAUGUAAAUGUA